AUGUCAUCAAAGUUAAGAGAUUUAAUUAAAACAGUUAGAAGCUGUAAAACAGCAGCAGAAGAACGUUCACAAAUUGCCAAAGAAUCAGCAUUGAUUCGUACAGCAAUGAAAGAAGAAGAUCUUGAAUCAAGACAAAGAAAUGUUGCAAAAUUAUUAUACAUUCAUAUGUUGGGUUAUCCAACACAAUUUGGUCAAAUGGAAUGUUUAAAAUUGAUUGUUUCACCAUCAUAUGCAGAUAAAAGAAUUGGUUAUUUAGGUCUUAUGUUAUUAUUAGAUGAAAAACAAGAAGUUUUAUUAUUAGCAACAAAUUGUAUUAGAGGUGAUAUUAUGAAUUCAAAUCAAUUUAUUGUUGGUGUAUCAUUAUGUGCAUUUGGUAAUAUUUGUUCAACAGCAAUGGCAAGAGAUAUUUCACCAGAGAUAGAGAAAGUUAUAUCACAUAGUAAUCCAUACAUUAGAAAGAAAGCAGCACUUUGUGCAAUUAGAGUAUUAAGAAAGGUACCAGAUUUAACAGAGAAUUAUAUACCAAAGAUUAAAGCAUUAUUAUCAGAAAGAAAUCAUGCUGUCAUAUUGACAGCUUUGACAUUGAUCAUAGAGAUCUGUGAAAUGGAUUCAACACAAAUCAUACACUUCAAAAAGAUGGUACCACAAUUGGUUAGAAUUUUAAAGAGUUUGACAUCCUCUGGUUAUUUACCAGAGCAUGAUAUUGGUGGUGUCACCGAUCCAUUCCUUCAAGUGAAGAUCUUACGUCUCUUACGUAUUCUUGGUCAAAAUGAUCCAGAGGCAUCCGAUGCUAUGAAUGAUAUUUUAGCUCAAGUUUCAACCAAUACCGAUAGCACAAAGAAUGUUGGUAAUGCAAUUCUCUACGAAUGCGUUCAAACUAUUAUGACCAUCGAAUCAGAGAAUGGUCUCAAGGUUAUGGCUAUCAAUAUUUUGGGUAGAUUCUUAUUGAAUCGUGAUAACAACAUUCGUUAUGUCGCUUUGAAUACCUUGUCACGUGUGGUAAACACUGACAUUCAAGCAGUGCAAAGACAUAGAAACACCAUCGUCGAGUGUCUUAAGGAUCCAGAUGUAUCCAUUCGUUGUAGAGCUUUGGAUCUCAUCUAUUCUUUGGUGACCGAGUCAAAUAUUCGUGUGUUGGUUAGAGAAUUGUUAAACUUUUUAUUGAUCGCCGAUGCUCAAUUCAAAUCAGAGUUGGUCGCUAAACUUUGCAUCGUCACCGAGAAAUAUGCACCAAAUAAGAGAUGGCAAAUCGAUACUAUCCUCAGAGUUAUGUCAAUCGCUGGUAAUUUCAUUCCAGAUGAAGUCCCUUCCAAUCUCAUUCAACUCAUCUCCUCAACACCGGAACUAUCAAGUUAUGCAGUUCAAAAAUUAUAUUUAGCAUUGAAACAAGAUAUCACUCAACAACCAUUAACUCAAGUUGGUCUUUGGUGUAUUGGUGAAUAUGGUGAUCUCUUGGUUGCCGAUAAAUCUCAACUUCCAAAAGAUGAGGAUGGUCUCUCUUUAAAUGUCUCUGAACAAGCUGUCAUUGAUAUUAUCGAUUUAAUCUUUAGACAUGCUACAACAACUCAAGCUACUCGUCAAUAUUCUUUAACUUCUUUAGCUAAAUUAUCUUCAAGAUUUUCACAAUCAUCUUUACAACGUAUUAAAACAAUGAUUGAUAAUUAUAAACAAAAUAUUAAUUUAGAAUUACAACAACGUGCAUGUGAAUAUUCAACAUUAUUUGAUUUCGAUAAGAAGGCAUCAAUUUUAGAUAGAAUGCCACCAAUUGAAAAACAAGAAGAAUCACCACAUAUCGGUAAUAAAAAUAUUCCAACUCAAACUCCACCACAACAACAUUAUCAACAACAACAACAACAACCACAACAACAAUCAUCUCAAUUUGGCUCAAUUUUGGAUGGUCUCGAUUCACCAACUCAAUCAUCUGCCAAUAGUGGUAAUAAUAAUAAUAAUAAUAAUAAACAAGGUGGUAAUGCUAUGUCACUUUUAGAGGAUAUCUUUGGUUCAGCACCAACUCCAACUUCAAAUGGUAAUAUGAAUAAUAAUAAUAAUAUGAAUAAUAUGAAUAAUAAUAUGAAUAAUAAUUAUGCUAUGGGAGGUAUGGGUAUGAAUAAUAAUAAUAAUAAUAGUAUGGGAGGUAUGAUGAACAAUAACAAUAAUAAUAAUAAUAAUAAUAAUAAUAAUAAUAAUAAUAAUAAAUCACAAGCAUCAGCACUUUUAGAUAUUAUGGGUGAUUUACAAUUAACACCAACACCACAACAACCACAAUCACAAUCACAACAAGCAUUAUCACCAACCAACCAAACAUCUGUAUUACAACCAGUACCACAACCACUCACAUUUUUAGUAUAUCAAAAACAUGGAUUAAAUAUUUCAUAUGAAUGCAGCAAACCACAACCAAAUAACCUUUCACUUACCAAUAUCAAUAUGGUCAUUACAAAUACUGGAUCAUCACCAAUCACCAAUUUCUCUUUACAAGCAGCUGUACCAAAAUAUUUAAAGAUUCAAUUACUUGCACCAUCUUCAACCGUAAUUCCACCAAAUAAUUCUGGUGAAGUUACUCAAGUUUCAAAGGUACUCAAUUCACAACAGGGUCAAAAACCAAUUCUUCUUCGUCUUAAAUUAGAUUUCCAAAUUAAUGGUCAACCAUUCUCUGAUGUUCCCGAUACACCAUUGCCAUCUUUAUUCUAA